AUGCGACAACUGCGAGGAACGGUGUAUCUCCUUUCGGGUUUAGUGUUGGCGCUCAUUGCACAGUUCCGUGAAGUGAGGUCGAGUCACUUCCGUGGCGGCUUAAUCGAGUACCGCGUCAACCAAGCGAACAAUACUUUGGAUGUCGCCGUGACGUCAUUUUGGCGGGGCGACAGUCCCGAUACUGUUAGUGUAUACGACAGCGGUGGCUCCUACCUCUUUACCACGAGUUCGGGUGACACCGUUGGAGAUGGCUACGACGCUUUGGGUAAUAGUUACGUGGUCUUAAGGUUCGUGGCAUAUUCAGCAUCCUCAUGCCUUGCUUGGUCCUACUUAUUGUUCGAGGCCUACUGGAUUUGGUAUGUGCCGGCCGUCAUGCUCAUUGACAAAGCAACGAGCUCAGGGGGCUCGCCAAUACAGUUGCUGUGA